AUGGCCUCUUUGAACCUGAGUGCUAUCUCGGAAAAUGCGUCAAGGUUGGGCAUGCGCCUACAGGAGACGCUCUCAGAGCAUACCAGAGAUCUCGCUCGAGGUUCGACUUCGGCAUACCUCGACAGUCCAGAUGAGAAAGUCAAGAACAUCAGGAGACAGCUCGACUCUAACAGUGAACGAGAGAAGUUAGACGCAAUGAAAAGGCUCAUUGCGUUGAUCUCCAAAGGCCGCAAUGUCUCAGAGUUCUUCGCGCAAGUGGUCAAGAACGUGGCCUCUCAAAAUCUCGAAAUUCGUAAACUGGUUUACAUCUACUUACUUCGUUAUGCUGAGCAGGAACCGGAUCUCGCUCUUCUAUCUAUCAAUACUUUCCAGAAGGACCUUUCAGAUCCUAGCCCUCUCAUUCGUGCCAUGGCUCUCCGUGUUCUCUCCGGUAUACAAGUUCCAAUGAUUGGGAGCAUAGUGAUUUUGGCGAUCAAGAAGUGCGCUGCAGAUAUCAGCCCGUAUGUGAGGAAAGCUGCGGCCCUUGCCAUUCCCAAAUGCUUUAGUCUAGACUCGAAUCGUCAACCAGAGUUGAUCAGUAUCAUUGCCACUCUUUGGCGUGAUCAUUCGCCGCUGUCCUUGGGCGGAGUAGCUGUCGCCUUUGGGGCAGUCUGUCCCACUCGUCUCGAUCUACUUCAUCAGCAUUACAGGCGACUGUGCAGAACGCUGGUUGAUGUGGACGAAUGGGGCCAAGUCGAUCUGCUGAAUAUACUGGUACGAUACGCGCGAACGAUGCUUCCACGGCCACAUAAACCACAAGUCGACUCUGAGUACCAAGUCGAUGAAGAUCUCAAUCUCUUGCUAAAGUCCUCGGAGCCAUUGCUGCUGUCGCAGAAUGCCGCUGUGGUGGUGGCCGUUUCCCGCGCGUUCUACUUUCUUGCUCCACCGCCAGAAUUGUCGAAGUUGAUAUCGCCUCUGCUUCGCCUUCUCCACAUAUCUCCAGAAGUGGAGCGCGUCGUGCUUGGUUAUCUCAUGGUGGCUUCACGGUCACUUCCUCAUGUUCUCGCACCUUACUAUUGUCGUUUCCUAGUACGGGCACAAGAUGUACGUGAAGUGAAGAGAGACAAGGUUCGGUUAUUGCGCGCGGUCCUUUCCAUGGAAAACUACCAGUCAUUGUUGCGGGAAUUCAUCGUCUACACUGACGAUGCAGAUGAUGAAGUUGUUUCUGAUACUAUACAAGCGAUCGGCUAUUGUGCUCGGUCCAUCCCAGAAGCUACACAGCAAUGUCUUACUGCUCUAAUGUCAUUCAUUCGGAGUAAGAAUGAUGUGGUUGUCGCGCAUGCGGUAAUCGUACUUAAAUCGUUGAUCCAGAUGCAAUUGCGACAAGAGCAGCCCAACGUCUCCACGUCGGCAUCUGAAAUCAUUGCUCGUCUGGCGUAUCACAUAGAAGAUAUCCACCACCCGAAAGCAAGAGCAUGUGUAUUUUGGCUUGCGGGCCAAUACGCCUCCACAGGGACCAGAGACGACAGUCUGCAACGCGAAGGCCUGCAGGAUAGCGCGAGAUGGGCUCCGGACCUCCUUCGCAAGUCGGCUAAGUCGUUCUCUGAAGAGGCACCCGUAGUGAAAUUGCAAGUAAUGACUUUGGCCGCCAAGCUUCUUACCUUAAGCCCUGCUCAUCGCACGAUUGGUUUCCUCAAUCGCUAUAUCUUUUCUAUGGCUCGCUACGAUUCGAAUUUUGAUGUGCGUGAUCGUGCGCGGACGUUGGCCUCGCUCAUGGCGGGUGUUUCCUCCGGCCUAUACGACGGUGGUGAUCACGAGGAACAAGGGGGUGUAGUCCUACGACGUGAACAGGUUCGCAUGGUGCUUUUCGCAGGCAAAGUCGAUCCAUCUGAAGAUACCGUUGUAAACCACAUCAAUCCUAUGUCUUUUGGUUCCUUGGCAGCAAUCACCGGCAAGGAUUCGAUGGUUAACGAUGCGUAUCUUCCGGAUUGGCUCGAGGAGGGAACAGAAUCGUCCCUCAGAGACACUGAAGAUGAUGCAUCUCUAAUCCCCAGUCUGCAAUCCUCGGUAGGUCAACCGUCGGUGCCCUACUCUGUGGCACCCAUCAUUGGCCCUUCGUCCAUCGUUUUAACGCCUUCUGGACCAUCUCCUGCCGGGUCAUACGUUGUUGCUGGGUCAAAAGCGCCUUGGACUGACUUGGAUAAAUUCUACGAAGAAUCCACUGAUAAUGAUGACGAGGAUGUCGAGAGCGAAGAGAGCGAUGGCGGUGAGGAUCGGAGCGAUGAGGAUGUAUCUACAGAAAGUGAAGGAAGCUCUAGCGAUGCUGUGAGUGGCAGUGGAGACAUGGAGGAUGACCAUCUGACGUAG